UCACAGAGAUGAACGAUUUAUUUGCCCACAGUGUGGAAAGAAGUGUGGAAGGGGAUAUCGAUUAAAUGUGCAUAUGAGGACUCAUACUGGGGAAAAACCUUAUAUCUGUAGUAAAUGUGAAAAGGGUUUUUCACAAUUAUCCAGUUUACAACGACAUGAACGAACUCAUACUGGAGUAAAACCUUAUGCCUGUACGCAAUGUGAAAGAAGUUUUUCAGAUUUAUCGAAUUUACAUGCGCACGAGCGAACUCAUAUAGGAGAGAAACCUUUUAUUUGUAAAGAAUGUGGAAAAUGUUAUUCACGAUUAACUCAUUUAAAUAGACAUGAGCAAACUCAUACUAAGACCAACCAUGGAGAUGAACGAUUUAUUUGCCCGCAGUGUGGAAUAAACUUGGAAAGGGGAUAUAAAUUACAUGUGCAUAUAAGGACUCAUCAUACUGGGGUGAAACCUUAUAUUUGUGAACAAUGUGAAAAGUGUUUUUCACAUUUAUGUAGUUUACGACGGCAUGAACAAACUCAUACUGGAGUAAAACCUUAUGCCUGUACACAAUGUGAAAAGAGUUUUUCAGAUUUAUCAAAUUUACGUGCACAUGAGCUAACUCAUACCGGAGAGAAACCUUUUCCUACAGACUCAGACAAUUUCACAAGAAAAUCUUUUCCACAAACUGGUGGUGGAGAGAAACCUGAUGUUCUCGGACAACAUCGAAAAAAUGGAUGUGAUGAAGCUGGAAAAUCGGUAAAUUGUGGACAAAUUGGCAGGAAGUCCUCUACCCUAUCACUUGUUCAUACUGAUAAUGUAGAGCCAGUGCCAAAUUCACCAACCAACCGUGGAGAUGAACGAUUUAUUUGUCCACAGUGUGGAAGGGGAUAUCGAUUAAAUGUGCAUAUGAGGACUCAUACUGGGGAAAAACCUUAUAUCUGUAGUAAAUGUGAAAAGGGUUUUUCACAAUUAUCCAGUUUACAACGGCAUGAACGAACUCAUACUGGAGUAAAACCUUAUGCCUGUACACAAUGUGAAAGAAGUUUUUCAGAUUUAUCGAAUUUACAUGCGCACGAGCGAACUCAUAUAGGAGAGAAACCUUUUAUUUGUAAAGAAUGUGGAAAAUGUUAUUCACGAUUAACUCAUUUAAAUAGACAUGAGCAAACUCAUACUAAGACCAACCAUGGAGAUGAACGAUUUAUUUGCCCGCAGUGUGGAAUAAACUUGGAAAGGGGAUAUAAAUUACAUGUGCAUAUAAGGACUCAUCAUACUGGGGUGAAACCUUAUAUUUGUGAACAAUGUGAAAAGUGUUUUUCACAUUUAUGUAGUUUACGACGGCAUGAACGAACUCAUACUGGAGUAAAACCUUAUGCCUGUACACAAUGUGAAAAGAGUUUUUCAGAUUUAUCAAAUUUACGUGCACAUGAGCUAACUCAUACCGGAGAGAAACCUUUUGGCAUCCGAACGAACCAUUUUGAAAAGCAUAUGUUUUCGCACACUCACGCCAAAAAUUAUAAUGGAACUGGAGAUUUAAACAGACAUGCAACUGACAACAUACUGGAAACUAGUCAGCCUACAGACACUGACAAUAUCACAAGCAAAUCUUCUUUACAAACUGGUGGUGGAGAGAAACCUGAUGUUCUUGGACGAGAAAGUGGAUGUGAUGAAGCUGGAAAAUCUGAAAAUUAUGGACAAAUUGUGUGGAAAGAAGUGUGGAAGGGAUAUCGAUUAAAUGUGCAUAUGAGGACUCAUACUGGGGAAAAACCUUAUAUCUGUAGUAAAUGUGAAAAGGGUUUUUCACAAUUAUCCAGUUUACAACGGCAUGAACGAACUCAUACUGGAGUAAAACCUUAUGCCUGUACGCAAUGUGAAAGAAGUUUUUCAGAUUUAUCGAAUUUACAUGCGCACGAACGAACUCAUAUAGGAGAGAAACCUUUUAUUUGUAAAGAAUGUGGAAAAUGUUAUUCACGAUUAACUCAUUUAAAUAGACAUGAGCAAACUCAUACUAAGACCAACCAUGGAGAUGAACGAUUUAUUUGCCCGAAGUGUGGAAUAAACUUGGAAAGGGGAUAUAAAUUACAUGUGCAUAUAAGGACUCAUCAUACUGGGGUGAAACCUUAUAUUUGUGAACAAUGUGAAAAGUGUUUUUCACAUUUAUGUAGUUUACGACGGCAUGAACGAACUCAUACUGGAGUAAAACCUUAUGCCUGUACACAAUGUGAAAAGAGUUUUUCAGAUUUAUCAAAUUUACGUGCACAUGAACUAACUCAUACCGGAGAGAAACCUUUUGGCAUCCGAACGAACCCGGUAGGUGCUCCUUAUUUGAUGACGGUAUUAUAUUCUUGGUUAAUUAUGGAAAAUUAUAUCGUAAUCAUAGAAUCCACCGAAGACAUAUUUCACUGCCUCAUCUGUAAUGAACACUUUUCAACGGGACCCAGUUUUGAAAAGCAUAUGUUUUUGCACACUCACGCUGAAAAUUAUAAUGGAAUUGGAGAUUUAAACAAACAUGCAACUGACAACAUACUGGGAACUAGUCGGCCUACCAACUCUGAGAAUAUCACAAGUAAAACUGGCGACGAAGAGAAAUCUGAUGAAUCUGGAAAAUCCAAAAAUUGUGAACAAAUUGGUUCGACCCCCAAAUUGGACGGGAAGUUGGACACCCUAUCACUUGUUGAUACUAAAAAGGUAAAGCCAGUGUCAAAUUUAGGAACCAACCACAGAGAUGAACGAUUUAUUUGCCCACAGUGUGGAAAGAAGUGUGGAAGGGGAUAUCGAUUAAAUGUGCAUAUGAGGACUCAUACUGGGGAAAAACCUUAUAUCUGUAGUAAAUGUGAAAAGGGUUUUUCACAAUUAUCCAGUUUACAACGACAUGAACGAACUCAUACUGGAGUAAAACCUUAUGCCUGUACGCAAUGUGAAAGAAGUUUUUCAGAUUUAUCGAAUUUACAUGCGCACGAGCGAACUCAUAUAGGAGAGAAACCUUUUAUUUGUAAAGAAUGUGGAAAAUGUUAUUCACGAUUAACUCAUUUAAAUAGACAUGAGCAAACUCAUACUAAGACCAACCAUGGAGAUGAACGAUUUAUUUGCCCGCAGUGUGGAAUAAACUUGGAAAGGGGAUAUAAAUUACAUGUGCAUAUAAGGACUCAUCAUACUGGGGUGAAACCUUAUAUUUGUGAACAAUGUGAAAAGUGUUUUUCACAUUUAUGUAGUUUACGACGGCAUGAACGAACUCAUACUGGAGUAAAACCUUAUGCCUGUACACAAUGUGAAAAGAGUUUUUCAGAUUUAUCAAAUUUACGUGCACAUGAGCUAACUCAUACCGGAGAGAAACCUUUUGCAUAAUUCAUGACUUCAGGGUUAAAAAAAUCCAUGCCUGCAUGAUCUGGUCAAAAAAUUCAUCAGAGGUAGGGAUGGGCAAUAUAGAAUAAUUUACUAUUCUAGAAUAUUUCAGAAUAGUUAAAUCGAAUCCAGAAUACCAAAUCCUAUUCUAUUUUCAUACUUAUUCAAAUAGUGAAAAUU